CCCUGUAGGCAGCCGGCCCGCCAGCCCGCGCGUCCGUACUGCCUGCCUCCCGGCCCCUGGCGAUCGGGCUGGGUCUCUCCCCCGCCCCCAGGCUCCCCCGGUCGCUCUCCUCAGGCGGUCGCCGGCGCUCGGUGGAUGUGGCUGGCAGCCGCCGCCCCCUCCCUCGCUCGCCGCCUGCUCUUCCUCGGCCCUCCGCCUCCUCCCCUCCUCCUUCUCCUCCUCAGCCGCUCCUCUCGCUGCCGCCGCCGCCUCCACAGCCUGGGCCUCGCCGCGAUGCCGGAGAAGAGGCCCUUCGAGCGGCUGCCUGCCGACGUCUGCCCCAUCAAUUACAGCCUUUGCCUCAAGCCCGAUUUGCUGGACUUCACCUUCGAGGGCAAGCUGGAGGCCUCCGCCCAGGUGAGGCAGGCAACCAAUCAGAUUGUGAUGAAUUGUGCUGAUAUUGACAUUAUUACAGCUUCAUAUGUACCAGAAGGAGAUGAAGUUCCCCGGCCAGGGAUUGAACCCAGGCUCUUGUCAGUGAAAGCCCGGAGUCCUAACCACUGGACCGCCAGGGAAUCCCCUACAGAUUGUGUCUUUAGAUGCUUUGACAACCGUAAACAAUUCAGUGACAAUUUUGAAAUACAUGCUACAGGAUUUAACUAUCAGAAUGAAGAUGAAAAAGUCACCUUGUCUUUUCCUAGUACUCUCCAACCAGGUACAGGAACUUUAAAGAUAGAUUUUGUUGGAGAGCUGAAUGAUAAAAUGAAAGGUUUCUAUAGAAGUAAAUAUACUACCCCUUCUGGAGAGGUGCGCUAUGCUGCUGUCACACAGUUUGAGGCUACUGAUGCCCGGAGAGCUUUUCCUUGCUGGGAUGAGCCUGCCAUCAAAGCAACUUUUGAUAUCUCAUUGGUUGUUCCUAAAGACAGAGUAGCUUUAUCAAACAUGAAUGUAAUUGAUCGGAAACCAUAUCCUGAUGAUGAAAAUGUAGUGGAAGUGAAGUUUGCUCGCACACCUGUCAUGUCUACAUAUCUGGUGGCAUUUGUUGUGGGUGAAUAUGACUUUGUAGAAACAAGGUCAAAAGAUGGUGUGUGUGUCCGUGUUUACACCCCUGUUGGCAAAGCAGAGCAAGGAAAAUUUGCGUUAGAGGUUGCUGCUAAAACUCUGCCUUUUUAUAAGGACUACUUCAAUGUUCCUUAUCCUCUACCUAAAAUUGAUCUCAUUGCUAUUGCAGACUUUGCAGCUGGUGCCAUGGAGAACUGGGGCCUUGUUACUUAUAGGGAGACUGCAUUGCUUAUUGAUCCAAAAAACUCCUGUUCUUCAUCACGCCAGUGGGUUGCCCUGGUUGUGGGACAUGAACUCGCCCAUCAAUGGUUUGGAAAUCUUGUUACUAUGGAAUGGUGGACUCAUCUUUGGUUAAAUGAAGGCUUUGCAUCAUGGAUUGAAUAUCUGUGUGUAGACCACUGCUUCCCAGAGUAUGAUAUCUGGACUCAGUUUGUUUCUGCUGAUUACACACGUGCCCAGGAGCUUGAUGCCUUAGAUAACAGCCAUCCUAUUGAAGUCAGUGUGGGCCAUCCUUCUGAAGUUGAUGAGAUAUUUGACGCUAUAUCAUAUAGCAAAGGUGCAUCUGUCAUCCGAAUGCUACAUGACUACAUUGGGGAUAAGGACUUUAAGAAAGGAAUGAACAUGUAUUUAACCAAGUUUCAACAAAAGAAUGCUGCCACAGAGGAUCUCUGGGAAAGUUUAGAAAAUGCCAGUGGUAAACCUAUAGCCGCUGUGAUGAAUACCUGGACCAAACAAAUGGGAUUCCCCCUCAUUUAUGUGGAAGCGGAACAGAUAGAAGAUGACAGACUACUGAGCUUGUCCCAAAGGAAGUUCUGUGCCAGUGGACCAUAUGUUGGAGAAGACUGUCCCCAGUGGAUGGUUCCUAUCACAAUCUCUACUAGUGAAGAUUCCAGCCAUGCCAAAAUGAAGAUUCUCAUGGACAAGCCAGAGAUGAAUAUAGUUUUAAAAGAUGUCAAACCAGACCAGUGGGUGAAGUUAAACCUGGGAACAGUUGGGUUUUAUCGGACCCAAUACAGCUCAGCCAUGCUGGAAAGUUUAUUACCAGGCAUUCGUGACCUUUCUCUGCCCCCUGUGGAUCGACUUGGAUUACAGAAUGACCUCUUCUCCUUGGCUCGAGCUGGAAUCAUUAGCACUGUAGAGGUUCUAAAAGUCAUGGAGGCUUUUGUGAAUGAGCCCAAUUAUACUGUAUGGAGCGACCUGAGCUGUAACCUGGGGAUUCUCUCAACUCUCUUGUCCCACACAGACUUCUAUGAGGAAAUCCAGGAGUUUGUGAAAGAUGUCUUUUCACCUAUAGGGGAGAGACUGGGCUGGGACCCCAAGCCUGGAGAAGGUCAUCUCGAUGCACUCCUGAGGGGCUUGGUUCUGGGAAAACUAGGGAAGGCAGGACAUAAGGCAACGUUAGAAGAAGCCCGUCGUCGGUUUAAGGACCAUGUGGAAGGGAAACAGAUUCUCUCCGCUGAUUUGAGGAGUCCGGUCUAUCUGACUGUUUUGAAGCAUGGUGAUGGCACUACCUUAGACAUUAUGCUGAAGCUUCACAAACAAGCAGAUAUGCAGGAAGAGAAAAACCGGAUUGAAAGAGUCCUUGGGGCUACUCUUUCACCUGAAUUGAUUCAAAAAGUCCUCACGUUUGCACUUUCAGAAGAGGUACGUCCACAGGACACUGUAUCAGUAAUUGGUGGAGUGGCUGGAGGCAGUAAGCAUGGAAGGAAGGCUGCUUGGAAAUUCAUAAAAGACAACUGGGAAGAACUUUAUAAUCGAUACCAGGGAGGAUUCUUAAUAUCUAGACUAAUAAAGCUAUCAGUUGAGGGAUUUGCAGUUGAUAAAAUGGCUGGAGAAGUUAAGGCUUUCUUCGAGAGUCACCCAGCUCCUUCAGCUGAGCGUACCAUCCAGCAGUGUUGUGAAAAUAUCCUGCUGAAUGCUGCUUGGCUAAAGCGUGAUGCCGAGAGCAUCCACCAGUACCUCCUUCAGCGAAAGGCCUCACCACCCACAGCAUGAACCCGGAGCAUGCCGCCACUGCGGUUCUGCUGCUUCAUGCAGGGAUAAGGUGGAGCGACCGAACAGCUGAUUCAUAUGCCAAGAAUUUGGAGUCUUCUUUCAAGCCAGUGGGGGUUGGACAUUGAAUGUAGUUAACUGGUUCCUGCUCACACUCCAGAAUUAAAUUCUAUUGAAAAAGGAAAAUCAGCAAUUCAGCAAAAAAAAUAAAAAAUAAAAAAAAUGUAAAUAUGAUAGUAAUAAAAUAGAGCAUAACGAAACUGUGAAACUUCCUGAAGCCUUGUCAGUGGUUAAAAGUAUUUAACACUCUCCUGUUAAUGACAGAUGUUCUGUUUUUAUAACCUACCAAAAGGAAACUAGAGGCUUCUGGGUAAAGAGGAUUUUUGUGAAAUGGGUUCUACAAGCAGCCUACAAACCAAGGGUAGUGUCCAUUGCUGGGGAUGUUAAACAUGAAAGGCUGAUAGCUGGUAUAACAUAGAGUCUGUGCAUAAUUUCAAGUGGGUUUUUUUUUUUUUUUUUUUGGCAUGGGGACUGAUCAGGAAGAUAUAUUUUCCUGCAUAACUCAAUCUGAACCAAGGAUUGUAGUUUUCCUCCUUGCUUUCCCUUCUGUGUGACCCCUUGGAAAAAAAAAAAAAAAAAAAAAAAGUUUAAAAAAAAAACCUAUCCUGGUCUGGGUUUUUUCCUCCCCUAGUUCCAUCCCCAACCCACCACCCCGGUGUCCUUCUUAGAGAUAAAGAAAUAAUAAGGAAACAUCUUUUAUAGCCACAUUAAAUAAGAGAAACUGAUAUACAUUAUUUUUUUCUUUCUUUUUUAAGAUGACUUUUAAGAACCCUGAAAUGCAUAUAGGUGAGACAAUAGAAAUGAAAGGUUUUCAUCCAGGCCUUUCUGAAGGAGUUACUCUGCUGAAAAUGGUCUUAGUUGUCUGACAGGCCAACUGUUGAAUCUCUUUAUGACAGUAUCAACACUGGCUUCUUCUGGUUCAUUUUGGGCAUGUAAGAAGUCAUUGGUAACUGCUGCAGGGCCUAUGUAUUAGUGGUAACUGGUUUUAAAAACAACAAAGACUAUAAGCCUGUGUGUGCCACUCUGCUUCCACAGUGUAUCCUACUAACAAGCCUCACCAACCUAAUCCAGUACAUUUUAAGUCUAAAUCUCAUUCCUUUCCUCUUUCCCUACCUUUUUUCUUUUCUUUUUCUUAAAAAAAAAUAUUUUUGUGUGUUAUUAACAGGAAUUCAUAUUUGGUGUGGCUUAACUGUAUUUCAGAAGGUCAUCAGAUUGUGAGACUGCUUCCUUGAAACAUUUUUGUGCUAUUGUUUUAAAAAAAAUAAUUAAAAAACAGUUGGCGUUAAUAAAAAUGUCAAUGUGAAAUUGA